AUGCCCCUCCGACCCUACAAACCAACAGACUCUCUAUCCCUAGCAACCAUAAAAGCACAAUGCGAUCUGACAGAUCCCUUGGCGCUAUAUUGUCGCAAUCUGGACGCAAACCAAGUCCAACUCUCCCAAUCAGGAGGCGAUGACGAUAAACAAUGGAAAGCGCAUAUAAAAUCAUUACAGAGAUCGUUUGAAUUAGAGAUUUUGUUUCCUGGGAGUGUUUGUUGGGUUAUUCUCCAACAUUCUGACCAGCAUGAUGAAGAUGGAAGCGAGAAGAUAGUCGGAUUCGCAAUCUGGAAUCGGCAUGGUCAUUCAUCAGCAGCACAGAAAUGGAAGGCUAAUGGGCAAAGAUUUUCCAACCGCCUGAAAGGUAUCCUCUCCUACACAACAAUGACACUAUCCUACCCCUUCGACCGAAGCAUAAACCACACAAACAUGACAAAAUUCCACCACCGAAUCCAUUCCUGCCCCUCCCCAUUACCAGCAAACCACAAACUACCGCGCGAAAGAUGGGAAUUAGAAGCGUUAUACAUUGCGCCGUCUCACCAACGACAGGGAUACGGAAUAGAAGCAUUAUCAUGGGGAAUCAACGUCGCAAAAGAGGAAAGAGUGGAAAUUUGGGUUUGGAGUUCGGAUAGCGGCAGGAGAUUGUACGAGAAAGGUGGAUUUGAGGUUUUGGGAAGGAUUGGGUUUGGAGAUUUACUCGAUAAUAGUAUUACUCAAGAUAGUGAGGUGGGGGUUUGGGUUAUGGUUUGGAGGGACAGAAAAUGA